GCAGCGAGUACUCGGAUUCGCCGCGAGAGACUGAGGAGUUCGAAGCCGUUGCUUUUAUAGUUACGGACUGCAAGAAGUGGGGGAAACGGCAAUAACCGGCGUCUGAAAUGACUACAACCACUACAUACCAAGGCCUGGACUCCACAGGCCGUAGCAGCUCCAGCAGAGUGUUGCAGCCUCCUGGUGGUGGAUCCAGUAUCUCAUUUGGGGUGGAGGAAAAUGUUAAACCGGUGCAUCCUCGUUCAAACAAGACUGCAUCGAAUAUCUUUGGACCACCAGUAGAAAACCAGCCUGUGGCUAGAAGAAGCAAUCCACCAGGUGGAAAGAGCAGUGGAAUCUUUGGAACUGCUACCACUGAAACACCAGAUCUAAAGCAACGGAGGAAUCCACCUGGUGGCAAGACAAGUGGCAUCUUUGACACUGUAAAAACUCCUCCCAAAACUCUGGACUUCGCAACUGGGAAAGAUGAAAAGGGCCCAGACUCAUGCAACCUUGAAACUGAAAACCAAGAAGUGGCCCAGGGAAUGAAGGAAGAACCCCCACCCAGCCCUGUAACACCUGCUCAACCAUUUCGACCCAGAAAAAUUCCACCUGGUGGGGUCUCUAGUCUUGUUCUGGGAUAAACCCACCACUUACUACUUUAUCUGAGUUGCAGAACUGAAUAAAUGUUAAUUUUAUUGUGAACUGCAAAGUUUGAGCCCUACUGUUUUUGGACUAGCACUUUACAUUUCACUGUUUCAUUUGAGUGCAUCAAACAUCAGGCCUGCUGGGAAAGGCAUGAAAGUGGUUCCUCCCUGUGAUGUGGUUAUUGAGUAUGUUUGUGUAUUUCAUAUGUGACUUCAGCCGCACUUCUGGCAUUUUGAACUUUGUAUUUGGUAUAUUGGAAUGAUUCGUGAUGCAAAUAAAAGUUUGCUUGAGAGUGGA